AUGCCUUUAUUAGAGGCGCCUGCCGAGUACACGGAGUCAUCGCCGGAACACUCACUGCAGCCGGAAAUACCGAUAUUGCUGCCACCGUUACCAGGACCAGCUGCACUUCCACAACUACGUCCGCCUCCAGCUGCGGUGCGACUACAACAACAACAACAGCAGCAGCAGCAAGUGGAACGUCAGAAUCGUCGCAUAUUGGGACGCAGAAAUUCCUACGAUCGUGAUGUGCCCAUUGCAGAGGAGAAUGAACACUUUCCAGCCUUUGUGCAUCUGUUGCCAGUAGUUUUGCCGCCACAAUUGCCAGAGCCGACGCUAGAUGAACUAUUGCGUCGAGUGACGCAGCGCACGGAUUUGGAGCAUGUGGAGUCUGUGCGUCUUCGCGUCAUUUCCUAUUCAAUUAGCCUGUCCAGACUCUCGCUAUUUCUGCCCCGUCUACAGCAAUUGGAUCUCAGUGGCAGCGUUCUUAGUUCUCUAAGGGAUCUGGGUUAUGGACUGAUGCAGCUCACACAUCUGAACAUUAGCAAUUGUGGCCUGAACAGCUUCGAUGGCACCAGUGGCCUACCGGCCAUAAGGGUGCUCAUUGCGGAUGGCAAUAUGAUACAACGUGUCGGGCCUUUGUCGGAAUUGAGUCAACUUCAAGUGCUUCAGGCACGCAACAAUCGCAUCAGUGAACUGGGAUUGCUCUCGUUUCUGGGAUUGUGCCCGCAACUAAUGGAGGUGGAACUGACUGGUAAUCCCGUCUGCCGUUUGCCCCUCUAUCGUGAUACACUGAGACGCAGUGUGGCCACGCUACAGCAGCUGGACGGUCAAUCAAUUGAUGCGGACACCAACACAGAGCAAGAGGACUCACAAAGCUCGUUGUCAAGCGAGUCCGAGUCCUCGGCACGUCCUGCAACGGCACCACAACAACAACACAGCGAAACUUUUGUCGCAAAUAAUUCUCGUCCAGCAACUGCUUUGGUCUCAUUGGAUGCAGUGCGUCAUCAACGUCAGUCCAUAAAUUCCACACCUGUUGCAGGCUCCGUUUUGGGUUUGGUCCGACAACGUCGUCGUCGCAGUGGUCAUGCUUGGGUCAGCUCCUCAAGUGGCUCCUCUGCCAGCUCCUCGGCCUCCUCAACACGCGCUCCCUCUAUUAGCUCCUGCUCCUCCUCGCAGAGCAGCUUGGACAUGCACUCAAACUCGUACGCUUUCAGUGCUCGUAGUACAAUAGAUUAAAGUUUUGCUCACAUAACAGCUAAACGUUUAUUGUGAUUAAUCUAAUAAUAAUGUAUAAUUCAUAAAGUUAUAUGCAAUUAUUAAUAAAGUUAGACAAAA